AUGUCGGAUGGAAACGGACUGGUCCCGUGCAGCGAUGCAUCUCCCCUCUUCGGGCUGUGGAUGCCGCAUGCACACCUGAACCGGCUAUUCUACGGCCCUUCCUGCGCGGAGCAACACUUGCUCAGUGAGCUGCCUUGUCCCGGCUCCCGGGUUUUUAUCGUCACCGGUCGGUCGCUCGCGACCAAGACGCCCCUCAUUCGUCAGCUCGAGGCGCUGCUGGGCGAGCACCAUGCGGGAACGUUCACCGGCAUCAAACAGCACGGCGAGGCUGCGGGAGUGGACCAGGCAUUUGCCACGGUCGCAGCCAAUCCAUCCAUCGACACUAUCCUGUCUGUCGGUGGCGGGUCGCCCAUUGACGCAGCCAAGGUAGUUUCGUUCCGCAUCAGCGAGCAGCGCGGCUCCUUCCUCACCCACGUCGCAAUCCCUACGACGCUUAGCGCGGCCGAGUGUACCCCUGGCGGCGGCUUCACCCGCCACGAUGGCACUAAAGUCGGCUUCAUGGGGACAGGAUAUGGGGCCAUGCACGCUGACCGCGGGAAGAUGGAUGACGCCCUCACCAUGCUCAUGCUCGCAUCAUUCGCCAGCUCUGGCUUCCGCGGUGCCAACCUUGGCGGCGGCAUGGGCCUCUCCCACAGCUUGGGCCAUGCCUUGGGUAGCCCAUAUGGGAUUCCUCAUUCCGUGAACUUCGCGGCAAGCUUGGAGGAGCUUGUCUUGCGGCUGGGCUUGAAGCAGCCAUCACUGUCCGAUCGCGGAGUCGGGAGAGACCAGAUCCCGAUUAUUGUCGAACGGGCCGUGAAAGACCAGGAGGAGAAGGAGUUGCGGGCUGCGGUCCGACGCCUGGUUGAGGCACUAUUCUGA